AUGGAAGCUUUGCUUGAUGUAGCCAAAGAACUGAUUCAAGCUAAUCCACUUUUCAAGGACAAGUUGGAAUUUCCUAUCCUUGUGGAGUCAAGGCUACACUCUCUCUAUACCCAGAGCUUGCGUAGGCAGCAACACCCUCCUCAACAGGAGAAGAACCUGAUGUCCAAUCCCUUUCCAUUCAGUUUCGUCUCUCAACAGGAGGAGAAUUUGAUGUCCUAUCCCUUUGGAUUAAGACCUGUCCCUGCAGGUUCUGCAUAUCGCAACAUACAAAACAAUGAUGGUGUAGCUUCAUUCGGGAAAUAUCAGAACUCUGAGAAUGCAUGGCUUAAACUGGCCAAGGAAGUUGAUGAGGUCACUACUAUCCGUAUCAAUGAAAUUAAGGAACAGGGUCAAUGUCGAUCUUUGCGGCUUCCUGAAAAAUUGGAAUGUGACAAAAUAUCAAGGUUGAUGUAUGCUAAUUCAGGUCGUUCUAUAUUAGCCCUAGCAUCAAACGCCAUGCAUCUUCUUUGGAAAUGGGAUAAAACUGAGGUAUCAUCCAGUGUACGCCCUGAAAUAUGGGAACCGAAAAGUGGUAAGAUGAUGGUGAAUGAUAUAGAACACGUUACCAAUGAAGACACUGAGGCUUGUUUCUCUAUGUCCAAUAAUGAAGCUUAUCUCAUUUCAACAUCAGGUGGAAAGAUUUCCGUGUUCUCAACGGCAACAUUUGAGAGAUUGAAUACAUUCAUGCCCCCAUCACUUGCGUGUACUUGUCUCAUUUUCUACACCGAAGACAACAACAUAUUGGUUAUCGGCCCGGAAGAUUCAAACAUCCUGAUAUAUGAUAUCCGUAAAGAUAUGAUGAUUAAAACUCUUAAAGGUAACUUGAAGAAAAUCACAGGUUUGGCGUAUUCUGAAGAACUGAAAGUGCUAGUUUCAUUGGAUGCAGAGGCUCAGAUUUGUGUAUGGAAAUGGGGUACAUGGGUUAAGCAGAACACAGCGGCCUUGCAAAUUCCAUCUGGGAGGAAUUCUGCUUCAGCUAUCCGUGUACAAUAUCAGAAUGAUCAGAUUCACUUCCUUGUGGUGCAUCCAGUACACCUUGCUAUAUACGAGACAACAAACUUGAACUGUGUAAAACAGGUAUUUUCUGCGCAUAUCACUGAUGCAACAUUGUCUAGCGAAAGCGAAAUGAUAUUUGCCAGUUUUCUUGAUGCAACCCUUUUAGUUUUUGGAGUUGCAAACUUUGAACCUGUGUGUCGCACUCAACCAUCUGCAUAUCUCCAUGCAAUUUCGAGCCCUAGUGUUUACCCGACGGCGAUUGAUGCUCAUACAACAAAGAAUCAGUUUGCAAUAGGACUAUCAGAUGGUGGUGUUUGUGUCAUAGAACCCCUUAACUCCGCUAAAAACAGGUUUGCAUGGGAAACCACCGAUAGCUGUUAA